UGAAGUGAUGUAUGCUUUACUUUCUGCCAUCGUAUUUUGUUUGGUGUAUUAUGGACUGAUCCUAUUGCUGUAUUAUCAGUAUGAAAGCCAUAAACAGAAGAGCCGUGUUUUUCCUUUCACUUCCAAGUUUGUGCAGCACGAAUUUUUCAGAAAACUGUCGUGUUCGGAGAAUUGUAAUGAUAGAUCUCUCCGCGCACUGUUCGUUACAGCGCACCCGGACGACGAGUGCAUGUUUUUCGCACCGGCUAUAAUUCAACUACGGAAGCUAGGCUUUAAAGUGUAUUUGUUAUGCUUGUCUACAGGGAAUUACUACAGUGAAGGGGAAACUCGGAAGAAAGAGCUACAAAAAAGUUGCAGUGUCUUAGGAAUUCCAUCUGAUUGUUUGACCGUCAUCAAUCACAGUGGCCUGCAGGAUGACCCUUUGGCUGAGUGGGAAACAGAACUCGUUUCAUCUCUAAUACUUACACAUGUGAAGAAUAAUUCUAUUCAGUUGGUUCUAACAUUUGACGCAGGUGGAGUUAGUAGACAUGCGAACCACAUCGCCCUCUUCAAGUCACUCAGCUUCCUGUCAGCUACCAGGCAGUUACCUGAAGGCUGCAGUGCAGUUGUCUUGGAAACAGUGAAUAUUUUCAGAAAGUACCUCUCUGUUUUGGAUACACCAGUCAGCUGGUUAAUGACUCCAGAUUUACUAUUUAUUUUAACAAGAAAGGAGUAUGAAGAAGCCAAGACUGCAAUGCAUUGCCAUCGCAGCCAGAUGUUGUGGUUUCGCUACAUGUAUAUUCUGUUUUCACGUUACAUGCUGACCAAUACCUACAGAUGCCUCUCUGAAGAGCAGAAGAUCAGGAAACCGGAGUAAUAUUGGGAUUUUAAAGCAGCAAAAACUAACAGUAAAUGCAGAGAGACAAAAUAAAAAGAAGUAUGUUGUGUAAAAACACAGUGGUGUUGGGCCCAUUUAUUUGCAACGGUCAUAAUUUUCCAUGUACCCUUGCCUCCACUCGGUAAAAUGUAUUACACCUUGUAUGGGACUCCUACAGUGUUGCACUAUUUUGUGCUUGGAGCUGAUGCUAUGGUGAAGGUCACUUUGUUAUACACUCAUGAAAUAUGCUGUUUGAAAAAAUUUCUAAAUGCACUUCUGAUUGUGAAUUUCUAUAAAGGCCAAUAAAAAACAAAAUCCUUUAAAAAUACUUAUUUGUUUUGGUUGGGGAAAGAAAUAUCUUUCACAGGUUUCUUCCAUUUAACAGUCCACAAUUAAAGCACACUUCUUUCUCCUCUUCCAUUUACUUGACUCCUCUCCUAACUCUGACUCUCGGUGUGAGUGGUGGCAGCUCCUUUUAUGCUGGACUCAGGAGAACUUCCAAUGUAAGAAUACUAUAAGCAGGAAACACACCUGGGUCAGAUGGGAGCUCAGAAAAGCUGGAACAGCAGGGCAGUCUCACUGGAUGUAACUCUCACUGCACCCCGUGACCAUACAAAUGGGCACACCUGCCCAUUAAUGAUGCCAUCCAGUAUGUCAGGGUAACAUGCACUCUUGAGUGGUUAUCUCCUCUUGUCCAUCCACUAUCUCGGUCUCCUUGCCAGGAAGCGGACAGGGCUCAUUCUGGCCCAGGACACCAGAAUACCCCAGCCGUUCCUUAUAAUGUUUAUAUUUUACAAGCUGUAAUGAGAUUUCUUCAUCUACCCCAAAUGUGUGUCCCACUUUUUUUUAAACAAAACAGUUUACGGAUUUCCUUUUGAAGUCCCAGAUGAAAACACAGUACUAGCAGCAAAGUCAGAAAAGAUCUGUUAAGGAUUCUAGCCAACUGUGCUAGAUUUCAGGUCUUUCUGUCUGCUGCUAUUGAUUUAUCUAGUAAGAUGUUCUCAAUACAAUGAAUGCUCAGUUGUCAGUUAAUCUAAGACACACCUGGAGAAUUGAGAGGAAAACCAGAAUAUCCAGAAAAAAGCCCAAGCAGACAAGGUAAAAACUUCACAUAGACUGGAAUUUUAGAAUCAUCAGCAAGGUAUAGGAGGCAGCAGUUCUGAUUACUAUAUCACUGUGCCACCC